AUGGCAGAAGAAUUUGCAAGAGAGAAGAGGCAGCUGUUUCCAGCUCUUUCGAGAGAAACAACACAUGGCAAGGUGAAUGGGGGUUAUGUACUCACUAAAUCCAUGCACCCCCUGCUCAUUUGACCUUCAAACCCAGUUCCUUUCCUUCUUAUGCCCAAUGUAUGGCGAUAAGAUCCAUAUGGACCCCCCAUAUAAGUAUAAUAAUUUUGGUGACUAAUUUGAUGCCUCAUCAUCAGAAAACAUAAAAUGGAAUGUGAAUAGUCAUAGAAGAGAUUACUUUACCGAUAUAUGCAUGCAUAAAAUCGUUAUAAAUGAUUCUCUGUUUUAGGCAUCUUCCAUUAGAGCCAAGCCAACAAAGAGAAAUACGUCUUCGGGGAUCAAACUCCCACCAUGUCCUAAUAAUCGGAUUCCGAUGCUAACCGCAAAUCCCUCAGAAAAGGUAUACGCUACAAUUUAAAUCCAUAGUCUGAUUCAUAUUAGGAAGGGAACAUUUUACAGACACAGGCUGUAAACCUGAGAUUUUUUUUUACAUUGUCAUUUUCUUGAUAUAUAUAUAUUUUUAGUUUAUUGUGGAUGUCAUUCUCCAACAAAGUAUAAAUUAUAAAAAAAAAGAAAAAUCACAUUAAUAUGUACAUAUUACAUAUGUUCUGUAAUCUACAUUAACUGAAUUUCUAUUUGUUUAGGUGGAUUUCAUUAGAGCACCCCCAGCAGAACAAUUUGUGGAUGUUCCUUCUGGAGUGAAAUUUCCAGUGUGUCCUAAACAACCUGUCCAGUUCUGUACCACCAAGCUCUCGGAAAAGGUAUUUAAUACUAAUCCAGACUAGUAAGCAGAUAUUUUCAAAACAAUUGAAAUAGGGCUACGGAUUGAUAUGAAGGGUUGUAUAUUUAAUGCCAAGCCAUGGAAUGAUUAAUUAAAGUAAGCAUUAAAAGAUUUUAUAAAUUAGUAUCUCACAUCAAUCAUUAGUUCUAUUGUAGAUUAUUAACUCUUCUACCAUAUAACAAAAUAGCUGAAGUGGAUAAGCAUUAGUCUACUAUGUUUAACCUUUCAAACAAUCCCCAAUUAUUUCAUAUAUUGGUUGUUUUAUGCUAAUGAGUGUUCUUCAGAAUAGGUUUACAGAAUGAGUGCACAAAUGUUUUAUGUUAUAAUGUUUUUCCAGCUUUAUAAGCCAAGUCCAUCAUUUGACCUUGAGGAUCCAUAUUGUCGUUUGAUGAGGACAACCUACAAUAACCUGCAUGACCCAUACUUAAGAGAAUAUUACCAGAGUAAAGUACCCCGACAACGGAUACGUCAGCAGGGAUUUAUCACCAGUGAUGAUAAG